AGGCAGCGUCCUCCCUACCCCCCCCACACCCCCCUCGCUAUUGAAGAGCCCCAAAAUAGGCGCCGCGGGUAGAUGAACUACAAAUGAGAAAGAGGAAACGAUGGAGCUGCACAUCCUAGAGCACCGGCUGCGCGUGGCCAGCAUCGCCAAGGAGAGUAUCCAGCUCUUCACCUACGGCCUCAUCAAGCUCGCCUUCCUCUCCUCCAAAACGAGGUGCAAGUUCUUCAGCCUCACAGAAACCCCAGAGGACUACACCAUCAUCGUGGAUGAAGAGGGCUUCCUGGAGCUCCCUUCCUCAGAACACUUGAGUGUGGCAGAUGCUACAUGGCUUGCUCUCAACGUGGUGUCCAGCGGAGGUGGCUUCUCCAGCUCCCAGCCCAUCGGUGUGACCAAAAUUGCCAAGUCAGUAAUAGCACCACUAGCUGACCAAAACAUCUCAGUGUUUAUGCUCUCCACCUAUCAGACGGAUUUCAUCUUGGUACGUGAGCGAGACCUGCCCUUCGUGAUGCACACCCUGGCUGCCGAGUUCACGAUCCUCAGAGUAGUGAAUGGGGAGACGGUGGCUGCGGAUGACCUGGGUAUAACGAAUGGAUUUGUCAAACCCAAACUGGUUCAGAGGCCUGUCAUUCACCCCCUUUCCAGCCCAAGUAAUAUGUUCUGCGUCACCAGCCUGGAUCCAGAUACCCUUCCCACUGUUGCUACACUUCUAAUGGAUGUCAUGUUUUACUCCAAUGGAGUAAAAGACUCAGUGGUGGGCAACGAAGACUCGGGACAUAUUCGCUUUUUCUCCUUUUCUCUCAUUGAGGGCUACAUCUCCUUGGUUAUGGAUGUCCAGACACAGCAGAGAUUUCCUAAUAAUUUGUUGUUUACAAGUGCAUCUGGAGAGCUCUGGAAGAUGGUGCGGAUUGGUGGGCAGCCGCUUGGCUUCGAUGAAUGUGGAAUUGUCGCUCGGAUUUCUGAGCCUUUGGCCGCGGCCGACAUCCCAGCCUAUUACAUCAGUACUUUCAAGUUUGAUCACGCAUUGGUACCUGAAGAAAAUAUAAACGGUGUGGUCAAUGCACUCCAAGUCAGUCAAGCUGAAAAGCAUUAGAAGUCUUCUGAGCUGGUUCCAGAUGCUUUUUAUUAUUAUUAUUAUUAUUAUUAUUGUUAUUAUUAUUAUUAUUCUUUUUUUCUCACAGUAUUUCUUGAAAAAUCUGAUUCCCGCGUGACAUGAAAAUAGACUGUGGAAAGAUGAGCAGAAAUAGCUCCAAUAAGCCUUUGUUUUAAUUAUUAUUAUUAUUAUUGUUAUUUUAUUAAAUUUCCUUAUGGAUGACGGGCAGGAGACAAGGGCGUUUGGAUGGUUUCCUGGUGUUACAGCUCCGAGGUGCGAGGUCAGCUGCCUGCUUUGCCGGUGCGAGGAGCCGCGCGGGAUGCCCAGCGUUCCCAAGGCCGUCCCUUGCCAUCACGUUGCAAUAGGAGGGCAGCCGGGUUUGGGUUCCCCUGGCAAAACCAGACUGUGGGAGGAGAGAAUAUCCUUUUUGUCUGAAUUGGACCCCUUUUUUCCCCCUUUCUUUCCUGGAGCAAGCCUGGACGAUGCGUCACUGCAAUAUUUCCCAGUGGGUGAUGCCCUGGGGAUGCUUCUCUGCUCUGAAAUGCUGCUAUUUUAGCUGUUUUCUGCCCUUCUGCUGUCCCAAGUCCUUCCUGUCACCCAGUCAGAGGGAGCCCAGCUGCUCUGGGGUCCGUUUUACCCCCGCGCAUCCCUGGGCUCGGCAGCGCACGGAUGCAUCCCACCUCCAGCCUCCUCGAGCCUGUUUCCGUGCAGUUUUUCACACUUCCACAAGGACCGAAAGCACAGGCCGGCUUGAGGCAGCCCUGGCUUUGUGGCCAUCCUGCCCCGCACAGCUGAGACCUGAGCAGGGAGCAAGCCCGGCGCAAGGCAGGAGCUGUUGGGCGCGAGGAGCCAUGAAACGGAGAGGCUGCAUUCAGAGGAGCUGCUUUUGCGGUUAAGCAUCCAAGGAUUUCUUGCAUUCCAAGACUUCUUUCCUCCUCAUUUUUGUCACUAAUAAAUUCCAGGUCUUAUAGUUUUGAUAAGGGCAUCCCAGCUUUAGU